AUGGAGGCAUUACUUUUUAAUGGAAACGACGGCAUCAGAUUUAGAGUGUUCGUACCAAUACUCAUGUUUAUGGCACCGGUGCAUGUGCAUAUGAGGCACACUACGUUCAUGUUCAUUGUGACAGUGAUCACCGUGAUUGUGGCAGUGAUAAAGGAAAUUGUGACUCUUUUGUCGGUGAAAGUGGUGGCGGUCAUCACGGCGGCAAUCGUAUGUUUCGGCAUCCCGUUGUGGAUGCUAUAUGCAUAUAUUAUUACGACGCGAAACACCAGAGAAGAUGAUGCGGAUAGUCGUCUCCACACUUAUUUGGAAUAUUUAUUAGAUGACGGUGGAGAGGACGGCGGAGAUGACGGCGGAGAGGAUGGCGGAGAUGACGGCGAAGAGGGAGAGACAGCCACUGCCACGGGUACUUAG